AUGGAGCUACUAGAAUAUUCCUUCCACUUGGUUUGCUCCCUCUGUCCUCUUGCUUCAUACCGGCUGGUAGUAGCUCAGGAGACUCUUAUCAGACACACUGACAACGUCUUCUUCCGAGGAGGCUGCUCUUCUCAGCUCAGCAAGUGGUUGAGUGUUGAGCUGAACUCCAUCGUACCACAAAAGACUCAAUCCGUCAUACUCACUGGGAUGGAUCCGAAGGUUUCGUCGGUUUUAAAGAGCCAUAAAGGUUGUUUGGUUUAUCCUUAUUCUGGGGUCCGAGAGGCCGGAAUUCAACUUCUUCCCCGACCUAUUAGAUCAAACGAAUCUGACCUGGACCAGUCAUACCGGACUCCAGGUAAAGCUUCAGAGUCUAGUUCAACCAGCCCGGCUAUCUCGAGACAGAAAGACGCAUCUCAUCAAUCAUUCACCAGUCAAAACUCAUCUGUGACCCAACCACAUUCGAGGCCUUUCACACCACAUCCAUCAGUUGGCAACACUAAUGUUCUUUCUCCUCAGCCCCCUGUGAAUUCUAAGAGUUAUCCUCAAUUUGGGCGUAAGGAGUUGCAAGAGGUGGUUGCUCAUGGGGAAAAGAACAUCGACAGGACAGAUCUUAUCACGGCUUUGCAGGCUGGAUGGAAUGUAACAAACGCAAUUCAGGUUGGUGUAUACAACUAUGACCUUAAUAAAACAUUGUUUUAA